ACUCGCCAAGCGAGACCCACUCUGACGGCCCUGCCCACCUUUCAACACGCAAUGAAUCGGAUCUUUCAUGACUACUUGGAUAAGUUUGUCAUCGUGUACCUUGAUCACAUACUUAUCUUUAGUAGGACUGUCGAGGAGCAUGUUGGUCACUUAGACAAAGUCCUUAGUCUCAUUCGGCAACACAAUUUUAAGAUCAACGACGAGAAGUGCGAGUUUGGCCGCAUCCGUAUCUUGUACUGGGGUCAUGAGAUUUCCGCAGAGGGAUUGAAGACCGAUGACACGAAGGUGGCCAAUAUUCGUGACUGGCCGCUUCGUGAGUCUAUGACUGAGAUGAGGUCCUUAGGGAUUAUUGGCUACUAUCACAACUUUGUUAAGAACUACAGUAUAGUGGCCGCCCCUUUGACGGACCUGACCCGCCUUGACACCCCAUGGGAGUGGAAAGACAGGUGUGAGGCUGCUUUCAGACACCUGAAGCAUGCUCUGACACACUAUGAGGUCUUGAAACUUCCUGAUCCUGAAAAGUCGUUUAUAGUCACCACGGAUGCUAGCCAAUAUGGCAUAGACGCCGUGCUCGCACAGCAGGAGGGGCCAAAGUUGAGGCCUGUCGAGAACAUGUCCAAAAAGAUGCCCUCUCAGAAGUUGGCUAAGUCCACCUAUGAGAAGGAGCUCUAUGCAAUCUAUAAAGUGCUAACCCAUUGGAGGCAUUACCUCCUUGGGCGUUUUUUCUACGUCAGGACUGAUCAUCAGACCCUGAAGUGGAUGAGAACCCAGCCUGUGCUCUCUGAUGCGCUGAAACGGUGGAUCGAAGUCAUUCAGCAAUAUGACUUUGAGCCCCAAUAUCUCAAAGCGAACUUGCUGCAGCAGUUCUGGUGGCCCACAAUGAUGAGAGACGCCAAGCUGUACGUGGAGACCUGUCAGCUGGACUGGGAUGAGAAACUUGCUCUCAUUGCCAGCUUGUACAACAACGCUGUACACAGCGCCACUGGGGUAAGCCCUAAGAGUCUGCUACUGACUUUCAAGCCUAGACUACCCUUGGACUUCCUAUUCCUUGAGCACCAGACGACUGCUGCACCUGGUACACUAGAGUUUGCCUGUCGAUAUGAACAACUGAUGCAGCAGGCGGUAGAACAAAUGCACAGGGCACAGGCAGCAAUGAUAGAUUCUGAGAAUAAGCACCGCCGCCCAUCUACAUUCCACGUAGGGGACAGAGUCUGGGUAAAGUCCUCAGAACUGGGUCAGGAGCACGGGAUCUCCCGCAAGCCCAUGCCACAGUACUUUGGACCCUGGGAGGUUUUAGAUAUCAUUGGGGAUGAUCCGGAUGGGCCUUCAUAUGCAGUUCAGAUCCCUGGUCACCUUUACACUUACCCAGUCUUCCACGCCUCCAAGCUCGCACCUUUAAGAGAAACUGACCAGUUUCCUUCUCGUCGCUCAAUGCUGCCCCAAACCAUGGAUGGAGAGGUCGACAUCGACGACAUCAUGGAUCACAGGGAAAUGCCGGCUUUAAGACCGACAGGCAGGGGACGUCCUCCGAAGCCGAAGCUGCAGUACAGAGUUCGGUUCAGACAUCACACUGAUCCAAAAGAGGAUAGAUGGUUCACAUGGGAGGAGCUGAUGCAGACCGCACCGCAGGUUGUCGCCCACUAUGAGAAGUUGCUGCAGAAAGGAAAGCGCCAGAUUGAUUGAACUUCUCAGAGGACCAGCGAAGUAUGGAGGAGGGAAUGCGAGGCUCAGGGCCUCGAUCUG